GGGCGCAGCGGUGUGAGGUGUUUGUCUCCUGGGCUGUGGCCGUGGUGGCUGCGCAGCUCCGGGGGGUGAGUGAGCGAGCGAGCGAGCCAGGGGGGAUCUCCGGGCCGUGCGCGAAGGGCUUAGAAGAAGGAGCUGCUGGGCGCGUCCAUGCCGAGGAGGAAGGGGUGGCAGCAGUAGGAAGAUUUCUUUGCUGGCUAUUUCUUCAACCUUGGUCUUCUGAUGCAAUAUCCUUUGAAAUUAUAAUGGCUUUUAAGUGGGAGCAUGAAGAAAACUGGCCUUGUAACAGAAUUUGUAUGUGAGCGGUGGUACAGAUUACUAUAAAUAGCCAUGACAACUUCUCAUAUGAAUGGACAUGUUACAGAAGAUUCUGACAAUGAAACAAAAAAUGUGGAGCUUGCACCUCCUGAGGAACCUCAGAAGCACAGAGAGAUGGCUGUUGAUUGCCCUGGGGAUUUGGGCUCCAGGAUGAUGCCAGUACGACGAAGUGCUCAACUUGAGCGGAUUCGCCAGCAACAGGAGGACAUGAGGCGCAGGCGAGAAGAAGAAGGAAAGAAACAAGAACUAGACCUUACUGCUUCAAUGAGGCUUAAGAAACUAGCACAGAUUCCUCCCAAAACUGGAAUAGAUAAUCCUAUGUUUGACACAGAAGAAGGAGUCAUUCUGGAGAGUCCUCAUUAUGCUGUGAAAAUACUAGAAGUGGAGGAGCUGUUAGCUUCUCUUAAGUAUAUCCAACACACUUUGGUAGACCCCCAGAGCCAAGAGGAUAUCUCACUCAUUUUACAACUUGUCCAAAAUACUGAUUUUCAGAAUGCAUUUAAGAUACACAAUGCUGUCACAGUGCACAUGAACAAAGCCAGCCCUCCAUAUCCUCUUAUCUCCAAUGCACAAGAGCUAGCACAAGAGGUACAGUGUGUUUUGAAACCCAGUCACCAGAAAGAUGGGCAGGAGCUUAGCGCUUUGCUGAAUGCCCCUCACAUUCAGGCACUUCUAUUAGCUCAUGAUAAGGUUGCAGAGCAAGAAAUGCAGCCAGAGCCAGUGACAAAUGAAAGGGUUUAUGAGAACUUUGGCCUGUAUGGAGAGGAGACAGUUAAAAUAGUUCGCAUUGAGAAGGCUCGAGAUAUUCCAUUGGGUGCUACAGUGCGCAAUGAAAUGGAUUCUGUCAUCAUUAGUCGAAUAGUGAAAGGGGGUGCUGCAGAGAAGAGUGGGUUAUUACAUGAAGGGGAUGAAGUUCUGGAAAUUAAUGGCAUUGAGAUUCGUGGAAAAGAUGUUAAUGAAGUUUUUGAUUUGCUGGCUGACAUGCAUGGCACUCUGACAUUUGUGCUGAUACCCAGUCAACAGAGCAAGCCACCUCCUGCCAAGGAGACAGUUAUACACGUGAAAGCACAUUUUGACUAUGAUCCUUCUGAUGAUCCUUAUGUACCUUGCCGAGAAUUAGGUCUGUCUUUUCAAAAGGGAGAUAUACUCCAUGUGAUCAGCCAAGAAGAUCCAAACUGGUGGCAGGCCUACCGAGAUGGAGAUGAAGACAAUCAGCCUUUGGCAGGCCUUAUCCCAGGAAAGAGCUUUCAACAGCAAAGGGAAGCAAUGAAGCAAACUAUAGAAGAAGACAAGGAGCCAGAGAAAUCAGGAAAACUUUGGUGUGCAAAGAAAAAUAAGAAGAAACGGAAAAAAGUUUUGUACAAUGCCAAUAAAAACGAUGAUUAUGACAAUGAAGAAAUUUUAACCUAUGAGGAAAUGUCACUGUAUCACCAGCCAGCAAAUAGGAAAAGGCCUAUUGUCCUGAUUGGCCCACAGAACUGCGGCCAGAAUGAACUACGUCAGAGGCUAAUGAAUAAUGAAGUAGAUCGCUUUGCAGCUGCAGUUCCUCAUACAACUCGGAGUAGGCGAGAGAAUGAAGUAGCUGGCAGAGAUUACCAUUUUAUCUCACGGCAGACAUUUGAGACUGACAUAUCUGCAGGGAAAUUUAUUGAGCAUGGCGAGUUUGAGAAGAAUCUGUAUGGUACCAGCAUAGACUCUGUGCGGCAAGUAAUCAACUCUGGCAAGAUAUGCCUUUUAAAUCUCCAUACACAGUCAUUGAAGACCCUACGCAAUUCAGACUUGAAACCAUAUAUUAUCUUCAUUGCACCACCUUCGCAAGAGCGGCUACGUGCUUUAUUGGCCAAAGAGGGUAAAAAUCCAAAGCCAGAAGAGCUAAGAGAAAUCAUAGAGAAGACCAGAGAGAUGGAACAAAACAAUGGCCACUACUUUGACACAGCAAUUGUGAAUUCUGAUCUUGAUAAGGCAUAUCAGGAGCUACUUCGUUUAAUAAACAAACUUGACACGGAACCUCAGUGGGUGCCAUCCACCUGGUUACGGUGAAAAAGAACAGUUCUAAGGGACAAGCAGACUUGUAUCCAGCAGUCUGUCAAAGGGAGAUUGCACAUCAGACUUAAAUAUUAGGUGGCAGUGUGAGCUCUAGACCUCUGUGGGUGCACCCCUUGAUAGUUGGUGUAUUAGUGAAGAAAAUCUAAUAGGCAGUUCAUGAACAGAAUGAUAUACUGAUUAAAGAUUGUCUGGGUUUUCUUCUCCUCUUUGGACUAGAAAUGGAAGCUCUGAACAAGCCAGUACAAUUUUUAAUAGUUUAAAUAGCCUUUCUAACAGCUGCUUUACCUUUUCUAUCUAGAAUCACCUUUCUUUAAAAACUAAAGAUUUUAAAUGUAUGUAUAUAUACAGUCCAUGUUGUCACAUAGUUAUAAAUAUUAUUAUUUAACACUGUUAACUUAAUGACCUUGUGGAACAUGACAGUAGUUUGUGAAUAUACCUUUUACGAAAACAUCGGGCAGAGAAAUAAUCUACAUGAGACACUAAGGUUUAUGAGAAAUUCUCCCCUUUUAAAAAUACACAGAAUAAGGUGCGCUUUGGUCUGGAGUUGCCUGGUUAGGCUUGAAUUUAUUUUUUUAAUUAUUUACAUUCCACUUUCUGAGAGCACUGUAAUUUGCAAAAUGUGUAUAAUGUAAAUAUUUCAACCCUUUGUGUCUUUUUAGUCAGACUUUAUAAAUCAGAUUUGACUGCACAUUAACCUUAGGUCCAAUGAGAGAGGAAUAUGUACUGAUCUUUUAGAUGUGAUAUUUUUAUGGAAUUGUGUUUUUCUUUAAAGCUUAUCGGUUGAUUUGGGAGCCAUUGCUCCCCACAGAUUUGUAGAGAUGUUUAGAAGGCAGAGGUUAUAUUUUUAUUAAAAAAAAAAACAAAAACCAUUCUUAUAAAACAUGCGGAUUUUAAAAAAUAUUCUUCCUGAUAAUGUAAACAGUUCUUAUAACAUAAAGGAUACUGACUGAAUGGGCAGUUGUAAUGAGUGUCUUUUUAUUUUGGCCCUGGUAUAUAUUGUGGCUAAUGGUCCUACAGGUAAUUAACUGGAAUUAAAACUGCUGAAUGUAACUACUCUAAGUAAACCAGUCACCUUAAGGAAACAACCUCAGAUAUGGAAACAUAUGUAUUACACGGUCUAUAUCCUAGCAUGUUCUGCCGUCUAAGUUCAGCAUGUCCCUACAGACUAGCCUGAGCUGUGAAAGUUGUGCAGCUGUCAAAUCUGCAGCAGGGCUAUUCCAAGCAUUGAAAUGAAAUGUUACCUUUAGCUUUUCUUUGUUCUGGGGGUAGCAUGAACAAUCUUGAAUGUGAAUGUUGAUUCUCCUCUUGUUUAGCCACAGUCUUUCCUUGUUCCCACAUUUAAACACUGGAGUUAUGUCAAUGUGUAGUUGAUUCAGUGUAACAGUGAGAAAUGAAGAGUGAGUUUGUUUUUCACAGUCUUGUUUUGUGUAUAUAUUUUCUUCGAAGAACAAAUCCAGGCAAACCUCUUGCCUUCUGUGUCUAUAGCUGAAUGAAGAGCUCUAGGCUACACAGAGAUUGAGUAUAGUGUGAAAAGGUUGUUUUAAGUCACUUUUAGUAAAGUGACGUUCCUGUAUUGCAGGGUGAAAGAUAGUACAAUCUCUGUCUGCAGUAAACCUAGACGAGGCCCAGCAAGUUGGUUGCCUAUGGAGAGAAGUUAUAAGCUGUUUACUUGGGUUUUAGAACCAUGGUACAUAUUAUCUUGGUGAACAUGCUAUGGCUGAGAGAAGAAUCAUAAGGUCCAUUCACUAACAUACCUACAGCGAGGCAGGUGUUGGAAGCCUUAAAUAACACUGAAAUUAACUGCAUAUCAUGUUUGGGUCAAUAGCUAGCAUGUUACUAAAUUAGCUCCAAGUCAAGUAUUCAAAGUAAAUGCACCUGCAGUGUGAGGCAGCAAGCCACUAACUGUUUAGUCUGGUGUGAGACACUACAAAAUUCAGGUGCUGGGGGGCAACAGCAUUAUCCAUCAAUUCUGCCCUUCGAAGUUUACAUCUCUUAAGUUGUAGAUUCUCAACUGCCUGUAAAAAAAAAGUUGCUAAAGUGAAAAGUUGUUGAAGUGCAAUCUUUAGAGAGGCAUCUUUAAAGAUGUCACAGGUGAAUUAUCAAAAUUUCACUCUAUUACUGAACCCUGACAGAUUCAAUGUUACAUUGUUAUUAAAUAAUGCUGUGAAUGCUGGUAAAUCUCACGCCCUUCUCUCCUAUCCUUAAGACUUUGAAUGCAGUAGGUUGAGAGAUGUUUAGCUGUACCCUGUUUGUUUUUGAAGUAUGGGGGGGGGGUGUUGAUAUUUCACAGAGAUCCAUUUAUGGAAGUGAAAUGAUCACGACUAUAGGAGGCAGUGUUGGCUUUGUAUCUAAUUAUGUGAGUGUGCUGGAGCAGUACUGAGGAACAGACCAGGCUCACAGAGCUCAGAUGGAUAUUGGUAUCUGGCACCAGUUUUAGAGUUUGAACCCAAAUUGCCUGAACCUGGAGUAAGUAGGAAAGCAUUUUCUACCAUUUUGUCAUGAAGGAAGAGUGUCUUUUCAGUCCCUUUGGGGGGUAAAAGACUUGAUUGCUGGAAGAAACACUAGGCAUGGUCACCUGUUUAAUAGCCAGCUGAAAGGGGAAGGUAUCUUCAUUUUUACCAAUCCAGAUUUAUUGAAAAAAACUUUCAUAAUCUGAAUUAAACAAAAAUAUUGAAGGAUUAUGAAUAAUUGUAUAAGAUGUGGACUUGACAACUAAUAAUUUCAAUGACCUGUGGUUAGCCCCAAUGUAUCUGCACUCUGUAUUUUGAGACCUCAUGAACUGCACACUAUGUAAAAAAUGUAAAAUAUUUCUAGACAAAAUAAACUACAAUUUUUACCUGA